AUGGCUUCAACCCUCACGAGGGUUAAAAUUACUUGGCUUAUUUUGGCCAUUAUCAUCUUAUUUUGUGCUACAUCAUCAGUAUCCGUCUCGUCAUCACCAUCCUCGAAAUGUCCAAACGAUCUUUCAAGCAAAUGUAAAUGUGAAAAUCACCCAGUUGGUUAUUUCAUUGAAUGCAACGCUGCUGGUCUCAAUAAUGUUAAUGCUAUUGUCGAAUCGUUGGGUAAAAUUCGCGUACAACGUUUAACAAUCACUGGUGCAUCAUGGCCGGUAAGUCCUGAAUUUACCUAUUUAACUAAGACGCUCGCCAAACUAUCACAUGCCACAAUUCGUUCACUACAUCUCAUCACAUGUGGUAUCAAGCAGAUCGAACAAAACGCUUUCACCGAACUCACCGAAGUGCUCGAGGAGUUGGUGCUGAGCAAUAACUCACUAACUGCUAUUCCACUACUUGGCUCGUUACCUCGUCUGCUCUCAUUAAAUCUCAAUAAUAAUCUCUUGACCGAUAUUUCGGAGGGUGCUCUUGAAGGUGCUGGUAAUCUGAGACAUUUGCGAGUGGAAAGCAACAAAAUUUGCUCUCUUUCAAGGAACUCGCUGAAUGAAAGUAAAGGUAGUCUAGAGUUACUCGACAUGAGUGACAAUUGUCUGACGAAAAUACCGGCUCAAAAUCUACGUAACUGCGUUCGAUUGAUGUAUGUGGAUUUGUCCGAGAACAAAAUCACCGACAUUGCGAAUUUUGAAGUGAUGAAUCUACCGAUGCUUAAAGAGUUACGAAUCAACGGCAAUAAACUGAAGUCCAUUUCACCGAUGGCCUUCAUGAACGUGCCUCAACUGCAAUACCUCUACCUCAAGAACAACUUGCUUGAAUCACUUGAAUCGAGUCGACUCUUUCAAGUUUUGAAACAACUCGAAGUGCUUGAUCUCUCUGAGAAUCGUCUCACAAAAAUUCCCUCAUCAAAAGAGUUGUCGAAUAUUCGACAAAUUCGUCUCGAUUCGAAUCGUAUCACCGAUAUCGGAACUUUAUCGUUCAGUUCCAAUUCCAGAUUACAACUUAUCAGUGUCCAGAAUAAUCGUAUCACUUCAAUAGCACGCAAUAGCUUCGAUGCACUUGAACAGCUCUCCAUACUACUGCUCGCUAAUAAUACCAUCAAAACGCUCGAACGUGGCAUGCUGGAUGGAAUGAAGAAUCUUCAACAAUUGAAUCUGCGCAAUAAUUCGCUGAAUGAGUUGCCCGGCGGUGUUUUCGGCUCAUUGCCGCAGCUAACGACUAUCGAUUUGGCGCAUAACGCACUUCGAAAAAUCCACAAAAAUGCUUUCGUGCCACUCAAGAAACUCUUCUGGCUCGAUUUAUCUUCAAAUAAACUGUCCACUUUCGAAAAGGGCACUUUUCAACAACGUAUCGCCAAUGUUCUCCUCGAUGGCAAUCCGCUGAACUGCGAUGAAAAGCUUGAUUGGUUUGUGGAAUACUUGGUGCUGAACCAGAUUCGUACCUUCUUGCCCUAUCAACGUGAAAUCACUUGCGCAGCGCCAAAGAAAUAUGCGGGCAUUCGGUUGAAGGAACUAAUGAUGAAGAAGGCUAAUGAAACAAUUCAAUCGCUGAACGCUCAACUGAAAGCAGACACGGUUGGUGGCAAUUUGAUUAGUGAUUUACUACAGAACAAUAUGGAAGCAGCUCUACCAGCAGCAUUUCGUCUACAACAGCCGCAGAAUCCGUUGGCCAAUGUGCCAAUAGUGGGUGCAAUCACCGAAUCAAUUCCAUCACUUCGCAAUCUGCCAGGACUUCGCUUCAUUCCCAAAGUGGAAGGUGAACGUGCACAAGACGUACAAAAAUUAAACAGCGCUAUUGAGCAGCUCUCGGCACCAAUCGUUCGUUUAUCCACUGGAGGGAUGCCGCUCAUAUCGGAUAUUGAAGAUAUCGUUAAAGCUGCGCCAAAUCUUAUUGUUAGCGUACCUGGUCUUGGCAAUAUUGAUGUCACUAAAUUGCCACCACCAGUGAUCGCACAUGUCUUACGCGGUGGUCAGAUACCGGGUAUUCCUAAACAGACGAUGGACAAGAUCGUUCGUGAAUUCAUGCAACAUAUGCAUGCUGCGGCCGAUGCAGCCAAUCAAGGUCAUCCUCUACCCGACGGCCAACUCUACUUACCACCGCUUCAGAAGUUACCUGUCGAGCUAGUUACCAAUUUCAUUAAUGGCCAAAAACUUCCAUAUCUCAACGAACAACAAACGGCUGCAAUAAGCGAGUACUAUACGGCAAGAUUACCAAUUGCAUUGGGCAAUGAUAAUGGCAAAGAUGUGAUGGACGGUAACGAUAAAAAUGAUAAGGAUAGCAAAAAAGCGGAUGAUGAGAAUAAUAAUAACGGCAGUGGUGCAUCAGAUGGCAGCAUUCACACCUCGAAAUUACCACUCAUUACAGCCAAUUCGAUGAGUGCUGGUUUCGGACUACCACCACAACUUAUUGAAAUGUUAAAGUUACUUCCUCAAGGAUACGAUAUUGGUAAGAUACCAAGAGAGGUGAUGGAAGCUGUGAGUCGUGGUGAAAUUCCAGACUUCAAUUUACUUCCGCGCGAUCUUCAAGAACAUUUCAUCCAAAACAGUUAUCGUCUCUUCUCGAGUUUCUCCAAUACACCGAAUGUAACCAUCGAAGACAUUCUCAAGAGUUUGCCAAAAUUCGAACGUCCUCAACGACCGACAUUUUCACCGUACGACUUGAACGAAGUGAAUAGUGAACUUACGAAAACGGAACAAGACCAAGAAAAGGAAACACGUAUACACUAUAUUUCGGCAAUUUUAUUAGGUCUAGUUGGUGCCAUAUCAAUAGCCGUACUUGUUCUGCUCUGUUGUUAUAUGCGACGUAAGCGUAUCACUACAUCUGAAGCAAAUCUCGACGAAGAUUCGUUGGUGAAUCCUUGGCAGAUUCCACCACCCCGUGCCACUUCCUCACCCAAAGAUCCAACAAUACUACCAACUUUUCUCGACAAUAAUCUCAACCUUACACCGCAUCGUCGACACGCCACGUCUCAUCUUUCUUCACAACACGAACAAGAUAUAAAUGCAUGUCCGGAAUUUGUGAAAUCAGUAUGCGUUUGUGAAGAGCUAAAUAACGGCUUAGCGUUGAACUGUUCCAACUCGAACGCUCUUCACACCGUUCAAUUGUUACGCACUAAUCAACAGAGUCUUGGUCUCAUUCAACAGCUGAUUCUGCAAAACGCACAACUUAAUCGACAAUUACCGGCAAAUUUCUUCACGGGUCUUUUCAUCAAAAAACUCGACCUAUCCCAUAAUCAGAUAACUUCCAUUCAUACACAAGCAUUUGCUGCUAAUAAUAUUCUUCAAGAAAUUUCGCUUGCUUAUAAUCGACUCAGCGAACUUCCAUCUGACGCAUUCAUCCCAUUGAAAUCACUUCUCAAACUUGAUCUAUCCAAUAAUUCAAUCACUGAUCUAAAACCUGAACAUGCUCUGCCAUCAUUACCAAAGCUGUACGACUUAAAUUUAGCUGAUAACCGCAUAUGUCGCAUUCAUAAGUCCAUCUUUGAUCAUGUACGCAACAAUAUUCAAACAAUGAAUCUUGGCCGUAACUGCCUCGACUCAAUACCUGCUCCAGCGAUUCGCGGCUUUAAACAGCUGAUGGCAUUGCAUUUGCACGGUAACAAUAUAACCAGCCUGAAUGCACUAUCAUUUAUGAAUUUACCGCAAAUGAAUCUGCUGAAUUUGGCUACGAAUCAAAUCAAAGAAAUACAUCGACAAGCGUUUCUCAACGUUCCUAAUCUUCGCUACUUAUAUUUAACCGAAAAUCGAAUUACUCAGAUAUUUGCACACCAGUUUAGCUCUUUCGAACAACUCGAAAUGCUUGAUUUUACCAGUAACACGCUUCUACAACUACCCACUGAUGCUUUUUCAAACCUCAAAAACCUUCGGCAGUUGUAUUUGGGUGAGAAUCGCAUUGCUGCAAUCGAAACAGGCGCUUUCACGAAUAGUUCUGUGGUUAUUUUGGUGCUGAAUUCAAAUCGUUUGAGACAACUCAAUGAGAGAAUGUUUGAUGGACUCAGUAAGCUACAACAAAUCUCGUUGAAGGAUAAUCAGAUAGACACGAUUGAUCACAAAACGUUCUACACAAAUCCAAGCCUUGUAAUGAUUGACCUCAGCGAUAAUCACUUACUCGAUAUCGCGUCAGGCACCUUCCUAACGCAAACUAAUAUUUUCUUGGUUGAUUUAAGUGGUAACAAACUGAUUCGCACACCGUAUGCGGCGUUUAGUCGACGUGUUAAGACGGUACUUUUACAAGAGAAUCCGUUGGUUUGUACCGAACGAGUGCAUAUGCUUCAAGAAGGUGUUGGUGUCUAUAUUCCGAACAGUGCCGAUGCAAUAUGUGCUUCUAUUGAUCACUACUCAACACCACAACCGCAACAACAACAAUCCAUUGACAAUCCUAAUAACCUCAACGCUAGCAGCAGUGGCAAUAGCGACAUAGAAAAUGAUGCAACGAUCACUCAAAUGGCACAACAAGAAUUCUCGAAAGCCACAGAAGGCCAAUCAUCUUCUUCUCUGUUACAAUCACAACCCUCAUCGCCAAAAUCGACACCAUUCAUUCAAGACAUAAUUUCCAAUGAGACUAAUCUGAAACAUUUGCCAUCACCAUCACAAUCAUCCGUAUCAACCAUUAUUCAACCACUUUCUCGGUUCAGUUCACAGGCCAACAACGAUAAAUGGAGCGAAUCAAAUCCCAUAAUGAUGUCGGACGAUAGCAAUACCAACAGUGCGGCGAUGAUGAGUAAUAAGGAGAAGCAUCAGAACCAGAACCAGAAUAAUCUCUCUCGAAUUGAGAUCAACCCCGUGACAAAUAGUCGAAGUCGUAGUAAGUUCGGAUUCGCGAAAGCCAACCAUCUGGACCGAAUAUUCCAGUCGAACGAUAAUUUCGCCGACAGCACUGAUCAACAACCAACAGCAAUAAUGACAACAAGCACUUCAACCAAAUCACCUUCUUCCGUUAUCAACAACAACGAUCGAUUUGCAGUGGAUAAUCCAAAUGUAAUCCAUCCUUUCCCAGUACCAUUCCUCAAACAACCACCCAAGAUAUUCCCUGCAUACGCAGCAAACACACUACCACCGAAUAUUGUCGUUCUAUCGAAGGAUGAAAAUGGUGACAAGCACGACGAAGUCAUCAACUCAAGACUGAAUCGACAAAAUGCUCGCAAAUACGAACCAGUUGAAUUGCUGCAAUCCAGCACAAAAACAACACAACAGCUAUACGAUACUAAUAAUUCUGCUCAACAACAACUACAUCCAUCAUUCGAAACUGAUUCGAAUACUAGCAAUAAAAAUAUAUAUUGCAGAUUGCAGCAGUUGACAACACCAUCAGUGAUAAUAACAAUAUGUUUGAGUACUGUAGGAAUCGUUAUGAGUGCCGUCUUCAUUGGCCUAUGUAUUGCGAAACAUCAACGCUUACGUGAGCAAAGGCGCAACAGGUUACGACUAUGUGCUAAUUCGAACAGUUCAACAGCUUCGAAUAGUUGCAGUAAUUCGGCGGCAAUGCGCACCAAUGCUUAUGUAGCUGCUCAAGCAGCGCAUAUCAACAACAUGCUAUACGGUACUGUUGAUAGGUAUAAAAUGAUCACUCGGAGUCUAAAUAAUCAAAUCUUGUCAAUUCUCUCAAUUGCACUCGUUAUCUUCACACAACAAUCGCAAGCAUUAUGCCCAGAAUUUCUCAAGAAUCAAACGGCAUGUUCUUGCUUUGCUUAUAUUGAUGGAAUUGUGAUCAAAUGUAAUGGACCGCAAGGACCAGCUGUUGUUGAACAACUAAAACGAACGCCGCUCGAGAUUCGCGAACUGGCGCUUGAGAACGCGAAUAUUGUGGAGAUCGGACGAAAUGCGUUCAAAAAUCUGCGCAUCAAGAAGUUGGUUUUGGAUAACAAUCGCAUUCGAGCGCUACAUCCAGAUGCGUUUCGCGGACUCGAAUCCGUCAUGCAACAUCUAUCAAUUUCAAUGAAUCGUCUCACUGCAGUCCCGACUGACUCGUUGAUCGCAAUGCGCGCACUGAAUGUGCUCAGUUUACGAUGCAAUGCAAUCACUAAUAUUAGCACACCAAUAUUUCGAAAUCUAUCAAGUUUAAUCGACUUGAAUUUGGCCUGCAAUCAGAUAUGCAAUAUUGAAGGGUCAGCCUUCGAGGAUGUCAAAGGAACGCUCCAAAAUCUUAUCCUCGACAAUAAUUGCCUAAGUUCAAUUCCGUCAGAUGCUAUUCGCAAUUUGGAUAAUCUUAUUGGACUACAUCUGAAGUACAAUAAAAUACAACAACUGGAGAAACUUCAAUUGAUGAACCUUCCAAGUUUGACAAUUCUUACAUUAACUGGCAACAAUAUAUCAACGAUUCAAAAGAAUGUCAUGCCAGAUGCACAAAGCCUCAAAUACCUUUACUUAAGUAACAACAAUCUCAAGACUCUUGAACCGUCUGUCUUCUCGCAGUUCCCAGAAAUUCAGGUUAUCGAUCUCAGCUAUAAUUAUUUAACCGAAAUAACUGAGGACAUGUUCACCGAUUUGGAACACUUACAACAUUUGAACCUUGAAGGAAAUCAAAUAACGGAAGUAUCACCAGGAUCAUUCGCAACCACCCCACUUUUGCUGUUAUGGUUGCCGAACAAUUGUCUGAGCUCAGUUUCGGCCAAUAUGUUCCAAGGAGCACCAUUCUUACGACAAGUUUCGUUGGCCAAUAACAAUAUUCAUAACAUACAGCCACUCAGUUUUGCACAUCUCGCUAAUCUACAUACAUUGGAUUUAUCGCAUAACAAAAUUCAAGUGCUUCAACCCGGUGCUAUCACUGGCUCAGAUCAUUUAACUGUUCGUUUACAAGAGAACCCAAUGGUUUGCUCACAAGAUGGUUUCCACGUUAUGAAUGGCCGAGAAGCGAUCAACCUAACCACUGAACCGAAUCUCAUUUGUAAAAGCGAUUAUUUGACCGAAACAAAAGAUUUAUGUCCAAAGAAAAGCGUUCAACGCCCUCAACCACCAACAUGUUGUAAUAAACCUAUGCCAACAACAACAACUGCAGCGACAACAAUGAUUUCGUCGACAACAGCAGUAAGCACUGAUGAAGAUGAACUCACAAUAACGACAACUUUUCCAUCUGAAUCUGACUUUGAUACUGAAUCAACUCAAACAACUGACCAAGAGGAAAGUUCAGUUGAAGCAUCAUCAGCAACUCUAUCACGUAAUCGUAAACUUAAUCUUGAAAGAUUCUUCCGUCUAUCACAACGUCCUGUUGAUAGCAAAUUCUCACCCUUCCUACGUCAUCAUAUGCCCAUUACUGCUGCUUCCGAAAAAGGUGAUCAUGCCGAAAGUUCAUCCACUCAAACAAGGAUUCUAAGUAUCAGUCCAACUGGCCGACGACCAUCUGUCACCAGUACAAAACAACAACAACUAUUACCUAAGAUGGAUCGACCUGUGCCAUCUCGAGUAGAACAACGCCAAAGGCAACUGGCACUGACUCGGUUAGCUGCAUCAAAAUCACAACAAAAAGCGGCUUAUACUAACACAAACGAUGACUCAACCAAGCACAAGCAGACCAAAGCCGAAACGAUUCAAUUCAACGUUGACAGCAAUGUUGAAUCCGUUCAACUGCCAGAUGGCGAAGCACCUCUCAGACUCAUCUGA